AAAGCACUGAGACAAAAUCAAAGAAGAAAAAAAAGGAUGAGAAUGCAAGAUCAGCAACAAGUAUUGAGCCCAAACCAAAGAAUAAAUGUAACAAUGGCCUUGACACAUUAACUACCAAAUUGUCCACAAAAGACACAGCAGAAACAUCAUCAUGGUAACAAAACAUCAGCUAAUAUUACUGAGCCCAAGCCAAACUCCAAAAACCAACCUUACAAGUGCGAUGACUGCAGUAAACCCUUUUCUUACUUGAAAAAGUUCACAUGAGAAUCCCAACUGGGGAAAUCCCUUUUGAAUGCAGCUACUGUGAAAGGACCUUCAUUCAGAAUUCUACCUUGCAACGACACACAAAAACUCACACUGGAGAAAAGCCCUUCAAAUGCAACUCAUGUGGGAAAAGGUUCGCCCAAGGGAAUGAUGUAAUUAGACACAUAAGGAUUCACACAGGUGAGAAGCCUUACACCUGCAGCGAAUGCAAGAAGGCGUUUGCAGAUUCCUCGGAGUUCAAAAAUCCCCUUUGAGUGCAUACAGGAGAAAUGCCUUACAAAUGCUCUUGGUGUAAGAAUGCAUUCACACACAGAGCAACUUUGAAAAAGCGUAUUAGAACCUAUACAGGUGAAAAGCCAUUUAAGUGUAACACUUGUGGAAACAGUUUUUCACAAAAAACAGUCUUGAAAACACACAUUAGGAUCCAUACAGGCGAAAGACCGUUUAAAUGCAGCAUCUGUGGAGAAGGAUUCAUAAACAGCUCAACACGGGCACACCACAUGAGUGUUCAUAGAGUAGUCUCAGUGAGCAGCAGUUCUUAAAAGACUCAACUGUCUUUUAAGACAGUUAAUUAAUCAA